GAAUUUCCAGAGUAGAUAUUUAUACACUUCCACAGACGCUAGGCUAUAUGUACUUAUAAAGGAGUUAAAUCUUGCCACUUUACAAUUUUAAACGCCCAAGCAACAUCCGGGUCAGGCAUUUAGUAAGUACAAAAAUCGUCAGAAACAUAUUGAAAUAAAUAAAAAUGACUGAAAGUUGUGAUAAUCGAGGCAACACCAAGGGUUGUGCAGGCCCAACCGGGAAAAAGACGACAAAGGAUAUCGGCCUCUAUUAUCAUCGAGGUAGGACUAACAGCAGGCCUAGCAACAGUACGUUCGAAAGUUUACUCGACGGGGACUCAGUGCAGAAAAUACAAGCAGAAAUUUUAUCCCUUAAAAGCUCCGUUCAAGCAAUUAACAUACUGAAAAUGUUGCUGAAAGACCACGAAAGUGUAAUUAAGUCUUUAGAGCAGGAGCUAAAAGAAAACAAGAUUUGCAUUGAACAUUUACAAUCCAGGUUACACAGAAAUAAACUCGAUUCGUCUGUGAACCUCAAAGAACAUGAAGUGUUUGUGCCUGGGCACGACAAAGAGGUUUUGAACGAAUUGUUGAAAGAAAAUAUACGUUUGCGAACAAUUCUUAAUGCAAACUACAGUUCUGAAGAGGUUGCAGAAGCAAAGAAAACAAUUAGUGAACUAAGGUCAAAGGUUAGUGAAUUGUCUAAAGAACUGAAUUUAAAAGAGACAGAUUUCAAUGACUAUCUGAAAGCUAUGAAAUCUUCUGACUCUGAAAAGGAUGUUAUGAUUAGUAAGUUAAAAUCUGAGUUAAUCCAGUACUACAAACAACGUAGCUAUGAUGAUGAUGUCCGUUUCACAUUGAGCGGGGAGGUUGCCCAGAUGAGGUUAAAGAUUGAGAUAUUGGUGACACAGAUGGGUAACAUGGCUAAAGAAUUAAAAGAUUAUGAAAAAAUAGAAAAGGAAAUUGCUAAAGAAAAGAGGUUGAUGGAGAAAGAGAGUAAUGAUUCUGGUCUGAGUUUGGAGGAUCAGUGCAAGAGCCUGAAGGAACAGACAUCAAGUUUAUCUAGAGAAAACACCGAAUUAGCUAAACAAUUAAAAGACGUAAUUAGUAUGAAUACCAGAUGGCAAAAAUAUUCUGACCAACGUGAAGCACAUGUUAUAAAAUUAACAGGAGAAAAUCAAGUAGUAAUAUCACAAAAUAAAGUCUUGGAAAGUGACUGUCAAGAAUUGCGGCAAAAACUUCAGGAAUCUCAGAAAUGUUUAAAACAGAAGGAAAAAGAGCAAAAAGAAAGUGUUGAUGCUGCUGUGUUAAGCUUGGAAGCAGAUUUAGGUAGAGCUAAUGAACACAAUGCAAAUCUUCAAAAGCAGAUUGCAACACUUCAGAACGAGAGUAAACAGCGACGGGUGUCAUCUCAAGAUUCUGAACGCAUUAUGCUUUUGGAGCACCAAGUAAAGAUGCUAACAGAGGACUUCAAUUUAGAAAGGAAAGACCGCACUAAUCUUCAAGAACGUCAUCAAAAACUAAUAGAAAAGAACGAUCAACUUACUGAAAUCAUUGUUGGACUCCAACAAAAAGAUUUAAGUAGUAAACAACAACAAUAUCAACAACAAUAUCGACAACAGUAUCAACAACACUAUCAACGAAUACAGCCUCGAUUUGACCCAAUGGUCAUGCAAAGCAGGUGUGGUUAUGACAACACAUUUGCAAAUCAGAAACAUAAUUUUCCUGAUGAGGUAGAGGUAGAUGGACUAGGAGGUCAAGAUUUCGCUGAUUUCGAUGUAACUGAUGAUAGUGGUUUAAGUAGUAGGAAAAAUGAUAGUCCAGUAAAUAGGUUUGAUUUAGGCCAACAGGCCGCUCGAAAUGAUGGCACCAACGAUGGGGAUAAUGCUGAUGCUAAUAGUUUGGAGGAAGAACAGCUGUUGAGAUGCCCCCGGUGUUUCCGAGGGUUUAAGAUUUUGGAUCAUGCCUUGUUAGUUGAUCAUGUCACAACCUGUGACGGACAGGAUGAUGAUCUAGAAAUUGGUUGAAUUUGAAGUACUCAAAACAAUUAAAUUAAUAUUUUGCAAAUACAGUAUUCAGUAGCAAUAUAAUGGUGCUAUAAUAAUCAACAGUUAAAUAAUAACAAAAGAAAAUAUCAAUACUAGACAAAAUUUACAAUUCAAUAAAGUGUUUAAAGAAAGAUGCUAUUAUGCAUGUAUUCAAUAAUUCAUGGUGGUGCUACAAUAAUUAACAGUUAAAUAAACAGAAGAAAAUAUAUCAAUACCAGAAAAAAAUUUUCAAUUCUAUAAAAAGUCUUCAAAGAAAGAAGGAGAUUGUGUUAUCAAACUUGUAUUAUUUUGACUACUGUAUUUAUUUUUUGGCCAGUAUUUGACCUAUUCAGUACUUCAUUUAAAUUGGUGCUUCCUUAGUCACAGGGUAUAACUAUUGUAUUCACUAGCAAGUGCAAUGUUCCUUUCAGUAUUAAAAAAUGAACGCUGCUUUGAACUAACUUGAAAAGUUAUGGUUUAAAUUCUUCCGUCCAACCCGCAACAGUAUUAUGCAAAUCGAUGGUGCUUUAGUUAACUUUUAUACUUUAUUAUAUUGAAUACUUCAACUUAAAAUACUUUAACUUAUGCAAUAUAUAAAGUGAUAUAAUUGUAUUACAUUAUUUAAACAUUAUUAAACGGAGAAAGUAACAGUUUUGUCUUAAUACUUUGAUGUUAGUUUUUCAUGGAUAACAUUUUAAGGACUUUAUAUGUGGGCCUAUACAAUUUUGGCUUCAAAUUUCCUACUGGAAAAAAGGAACGUUCUGUUUCAAUUUAAUAUUUAGAAAAUAUCGAAAAAGUUAAAUGCUAUUGCUUUUAAGGUUUAAAGUGUUUCCUUUAUUGUUAAUGAUUUGAAUUAUGUAAUGAUUUCAUUAGUUUACUGUUUUUUCAACAUUUAAAAAGAUAAUAAAAUUAAAUAUUUUGAAGUAUAGGUCUAUAUGAUUUUGACUUAAAAUGCCCUAAGCCAUGUUAUGUUGUAUUUUUAAACUUUACUAGAAAUGUUUAAUUUCUAUUUUGCGAAAGAAGUUAUUGUUAAUGCAAGUUUGCAUGAUUAAUUUAAAAGCAUAUCUGUAUAUAUUGGAGAAGUAAAUAUGUUUGCUUGUUAAAUUUUACUUUGGUUUUCAUAAUACAGUUUACAUAUAAAAGAAAUUAUUUUUGUAAUUAAUGCACACUCAUUUCUUGAAGUGGUGUAGAAAAAAUAUUAUUAAAAAUAAUAAAAAUAAAUUAUUUAACUU